ACCGCCGCAGUGUCAGGGGUGCCAGUAUUAAUGUUAACCAAGUGUCAAAUGAAGAAGGAAACAUGGAGGCACCCAGCAAAGAGAACGUCUGUCAGAAUGGACCCACAACCCAUUUCCCUGAUCCUCCAUUGUCACUUGAUCCCACCACCAGACCAUUUGGUCCUGAUCCAUCUCCAGGUGUGGCUGGUUUCCAUGACAACCUAAGGAAGUCUCAGGGAUCUAGUGCUGAGGGCGUAGUUCUUAGAAAAGAAGCUUUGCAGUCUCUCAAACUCAGUCUUCCUAUGCAAGAAACUCAUUUGUGUUCAACCGAAUCUUCACUUCCCUUGGAAAAAGAGGAGCAGAUCCGCCUUCAGGCUCGAAGACGACUGGAAGAGCAGCUCAAACAGUACAGAGUGAAAAGACAUCAGGAGAGAUCCAAUCAGCCUGCAUCCAAAAGCCGACCUACUAGCACCCUGGACCCUGAGCUCAUGUUAAACCCAGAAAUCUUACCAAGGGCCAGCACAGUAGCCAUGACAAAAGAAUAUUCCUUCCUUCGGACCAGUGUCCCUCGGGGACCUAAAGUAGGCAGUUUAGGACUUCUGUCACAUCCAAAGGAGAAAAAAAGUUCCAAGUCAAGCAAGAUCCGGUCUCUGGCAGAUUAUAGAACUGAAGAUUCAGACUCUGGAAUUUCUAGUGGAAACUUCUUGGCACCUGACUCUGCCAGGGGCUCUCUGCAUCAGAAUAGAAGCAGUCUGACAUCAGUAGUUUCUGAAGUCAGCCUUACUCCUGAAACAGAUGACCGCCUAGAGAAUUCUUCUGUGGCCGGGGACAGCAUCUCUGAACUAGACGGAAGUGAGGGAGGCAUGAAGCUGGAUGGCAAUGAGAGUGACAGCUCAUCUUACAGCAGUGUCUCUGGCAGAGGAAUUUAUGGAGUUUUGAGCGCAACUGGCAAGCAGGCAGCCUCCUACCUGGUUAAUGGCCAAGAGAUCAGUUCCGAUGCAAUGGGACAGUUUCCUUCUAUUAGAGAUGUCCUCCAGGCUGCUGCAGCUGAGCACCAUGACCCAGAGCCAGAUGUCAAUGGGGAUGUGCAGAGUCGGAGAGACAGUAUUUCUAGUAGCAUAUCCAUGGAGAGCUCUAUUGCUGGAACUCAUGAUGAAAUGCUGCAGGUUCUUAAAGAGAAAAUGAGACUUGAAGGGCAGCUGGAGGCCUUGUCUUUAGAGGCCAGUCAGGCCCUUAAAGAGAAGACAGAACUGCAAGCCCAGCUGGCAGCCUUGGAUACCAAGCUUCAGGCUCAGGUAGAGCAGAGUCGAAGCAGCCAACAGAAGCAGGACUCACUAAGUUCUGAAGUGGACACCUUGAAGCAGUCUUGCUGGGAUCUGGAACGAGCAAUGACUGACCUGCAGAACACUCUCGAGGCGAAAAAUGCCAGCCUGGCUUCCUCCAACAAUGACUUACAAGUGGCAGAGGAACAGUACCAGAGACUCAUGGGAAAAGUAGAGGACAUGCAAAAAAGCAUCCUCAGCAAAGAUAACACAGUGCAUGACCUUCGACAGCAGAUGACAGCCUUACAGAACCAACUACAACAGGUUCAGCUAGAACGCAGCACGCUGACGAGCAGGCUCAAGGCCUCCCAGACUGAGAUCACCUCAUUGCAGAAGGUCCGGCAGUGGUACCAACAGCAGCUGGCACUGGCCCAAGAGGCCCGGGUCAGGCUACAGAGUGAGAUGGCCCACAUCCAGGUUGGACAGAUGACCCAGGCAGGCAUUCUGGAGCACCUUAAACUUGAGAACGUGACACUAUCCCAUCAACUGACAGAGACUCAGCAGAGGUCCAUCAAGGAAAAGGAACGGAUUGCUGUCCAGUUACAAAAUAUAGAGGCGGACAUGCUAGACCAGGAAGCGGCAUUUAUUCAGAUCCAAGAAGCCAAGACCUUAGUGGAAGAAGACCUGCAGAGGAAACUGGAGGAGUUUGAGGACGAAAAGGAGCACUUACAAAAAAUGGCCGAUUCUGCCACGUCCUUGGAGCAGCAGCUCCAGCAGGUAAAGCUAACUUUGCAUCAGCGAGACCUGCAGCUGGACACUCUGCAGCAGGAGCACCUGGACCUCAUGAAGCAGCUCACCCUGAGCCAGGAGACUCUGCACACCCGGGAGCAGGCUCUCAGCGAACUACAGACCCGCUACGAGGAGCUGCAGGCCCAGCUAGAGGAGCUCCAGGGAGACGCUGCCACCAAAGACGACACGGUCCAGUUUCUGCAGAACGAGAAAAUUGUCCUGGAGGUAGCACUGCAAGCGGCCCGGGCGGGCAAAGAGGAGUUUGACCGAGGCGCCCAGCAGCUGGAGGAGGAUGCGGACGCCACCGCAGAGCUCCUGGAGCAGCUGAGACAGGAGAUAGCAGUCAAGUGCAGCCAGGUAGAAAACCUGCAGCAAGAAAGUAUUGCUCUGAAAAAACAGACUCAGAAAGUGAAGGAGCAGUUUCUUCAACAAAAGGUGAUGGUGGAGGCAUAUCGGAGAGAUGCGAAUUCAAAAGACCAGCUGAUCAGUGAAUUGAAAGCCACAAAGAAAAGGCUGGACUUAGAGAUGAGGAGUCUGAGGCAGGAAUUAAUCAAGCUUCAAGGUGAAAAGAAGACAGUGGAAGUGGAACAGUCCAAGUUACAGAAAGAAGUGUCCCAAGUUCACCAGCAAAUGGCUGACCUCGAAGGACAGCUCCAACUGGUACAGAGAGAACGAGAUGAACUGGAGACACAGUUACAGGCUUUGCAGUUUGACAGAGAGCAAAUGACAUCUCUUACAGAGGUGAAUGAAGUGUUGAAACAACAAGUAGAACAAAUGCAACUGGAAGCCAGAAAGGCCAUUACAGAACAAAAACAAAAGAUGAAGCGAUUGGGUUCAGAUCUGACCAGCGCCCAGAAAGAGAUGAAGGCCAAGCACAAAGCCUAUGAAAACGCAGUGGGCAUCCUGAGCCGUCGCCUACAGGAAGCCCUCACUGCCAAAGAAUCCUCAGAAGCAGAAUUGAACAAACUCAGAGCCCAAAUCACAGAUGGAGGAAACAACCACGCUCUAAAUGAACGAAUCCAAGUCCUUGAGCUGGAACUGCAAACUGUUGGCCAUAGUAAGAUGGUGCUGGAGAAGGAGCUCCAGGAAAUCAUCUCCCUGACCAGCCAAGAGUUGGAAGAAUACAGGGAGAAGGUCAUCGAGUUGGAGGAUGAGCUCCAAGAAUCCAGAGGCUUUAGGAAGAAGAUAAAGCGACUUGAAGAGUUAAAUAAGAAGUUGGCUCUUGAAUUGGAGCAUGAGCGGGGAAAGCUUACGGGUCUUGGGCAGUCCAAUGCAGCUUUACGGGAACACAAUAGUAUUCUGGAAACAGCCUUAGCCAAGAGAGAGGCAGACUUAGUACAGCUGAACCUGCAGGUACAAGCAGUUUUACAGCGAAAAGAAGAGGAGGAUCAGCAAAUGAAACAGCUUGUUCACAGCUUACAGACUGCACUAGAGAAGGAGAAGGCCAAAGUGCGAAGCCUUAAAGAGCAGGUGGCUGCAGUCAAAGCCGAGGCUGGACACAAUCGCCGUCAUUUCCGAGCCGCUGCCUUGGAGCUGAGUGAAGUGAAGAAGGAACUGCAGGCCAAAGAGCAGCUUGUCCAGAAGCUCCAAGCAGAAGCAGAUAGCCUACAGGCUCAGGAGGGCAAACACAGCCAAGAAGUGUCCCAGUUCCAACAAGAGUUAGCAGAAACUCGAGCUCAGCUCCAGCUUCUACAGAAGCAGCUGGAUGAACAGCUGGACAAACAACCUGUUGAAAACCAAGAGGUAGAAGAUCUCAAAUGGGAGAUAAGUCAAAAAGAGAGAGAAAUCCAAACCCUGAAGCAGCAAUUGGACCUGAACGAACAGCACAGUCAAAAGGAAUUAGAAGGAAUCCAGCUGGUACUGCAGAAUAUUAAAACUGAGCUGGACAUGGCCCGGGAAGACCUUUCGAUGACACAGAAAGAUAAAUUCACCCUUCAGGCAAAGGUGACUGAGCUGAAGAAUAGCAUGAAGACACUCCUCCAACAAAACCAGCAACUGAAGCUGGACCUGAAGCAUGGCAAGAUGAGGAAGAGGAAGGAACUGAAGGGAGAGACCAAUUCUAACCCUGUGACCCCAGUUAAAAUUCCAGACUGUCCGGUCCCUGCCUCUCUCCUAGAGGAGCUGCUCAAACCCCCAGCGACUGUGAGCAAGGAGCCUCUAAAGAAUCUCAACAGCUGUCUCCGACAACUGAAGCAAGAAAUGGAUAGUCUUCAGCGCCAAAUGGAAGAACACACGAUCACGGUACAUGAAUCAAUGUCUUCUUGGACUCAGGUGGAGGGUCACUUAAUGGACCUUGCAGUUACCUGCCCUCCUGCUGUCUCUAGGGAACUUGAAAAUUCCAGCGUUGAUCAAAAGGAACAGAACCAUCCUGUCCACGAGCAACGAAUAUUGGAACAGUGACCCCAGGCUGCCCCCAAUGUCUCUUCUUGUCUCUAAAUGUGUGAAGGAUUAUUGUUUUAUCACCCUUAUUUAUUUGAUUUUGAACUUGAUGUUUUUCUGUGAGCUGCAGUUUUGAGUUCUUCUUUUGCCUAUGAGGGUACAAGAGAGUGAUGGCAAAAGGCCAGCAAGAUAACCAAUUCACAGGCCAUGCUUGGUUUGUAAUUCCUGUGACACGAUCCUGCUUCCUACCAAAGUAACUCAGUCUCAAAUGAGGUCUUGUCUCCUAUUUCUGUACAGGAGUCUGGGUCGUUUUUGAGGGAUACUGUGUCAGGUUAGAAUUCUGAGUG